UCACCUCAUCCCUUUCGUCCCCUCCUUUCCAUUCUUGCUUCCCAAGGUGUCCUGGUUAGUCGUGACUUCUACCCAGCGUUGUUCAACAGAUCAACAGGCUCCUGCCUAAUCUUUGUUAUUGCAAUUAACGCUCCGACGCUCACUUGUAGCCAGUAUAUUCUUAGGUCAUCGCCUCCGUCUUCGGUUCGCACAUUAAUCCGGCGCACCCUACCCCGCCAAGAUGGUUUACUCCCUCAUAGAGGUCAUCGUUAUGACCAUUUUAUGCGUCGUGCCAGUCGUCAUGGGUCUUAUCCUUGUCGCUGCAGCCGUCUUCCAAAAAACGGGCACCAGCGACGUGCAAUCGUGGCCGUCCAGUAGUGAAGGGGAUGAAGCAGAUCCGUACGAGAAGAUGCAAGCUGAGCACAUGGAUGACAUGGAUAACGAGGAGGCUGAUAUCGAAGAUCUGGAGCACGGCGAGGAGGGCCUUACUCGGCCAGCAUAUUCCGACCCGUCAGAAUAUAACGACCGCGCCUCAGACUACACAUACGAUUAUUAAUCUCUUAUUUUGCGCCGCGUAGAAGAUGCCCUAGAUGCGCUAUUGAAGUCCGCCGUGACUAUCUCCCCUUCCCAUGGCCGUCCAUGGUC